AUGACCGUCCCACCAGAUACCCACGACAUUCCAACAUGUCUUCCUUCCCGCGACCCCCUCACCGCUGCCGAAACCCUCAUUCCUCCAUCAUUGAAACGUCCUCAUGAUACCGCCCUCAGUUCCUCUUCUUCUGAUCAACCAGCCUUGAAGUACGCGAAGUUAUCUUCUUCCAAUGGAUCAGCGCCCCCGAGACAUGGUCACCUGAAAGAGGAGCGGCGUGGUCGACGAGGUGGGCAGGAGGACGACGAGGAUACCAAUUCUACCGGUCCGGACAUGCAGGCUACCUCGGCGCAAAAUAUAUCCCUUCUGGAGGCGGCUGCGACAGCCCUCAGCCAAGGAGAAGAGAUGCCUUCCAGAAUACCACCGUCGGCAAGGGGGACGGUUGCAAGUUCAAUGCCUGUCAGGACGUCCACCGAGGCUAGCCGUGCCGGGAGUCAACAUGGGCGCCGCGCAACUUCAGAUCCCAAAAGAUCGAACGAGGCCCAACUGUUUCAUUCGAUCCCCCUUGUCGAGUAUCUGCAAUUAGACGAGCGGCCAACAUUUGUAGUUGACAUUGCCGAUGCUGUCAAUGUCAACUCUUCUCGCCUCAAUUUGAUAUUUGCAAACACGGCGCUCAAGAAUCGCAUUCCUCUUUUCGAACAUGUCCAAGGCCGGUCUGAGGACCCUACUCUGCUGCUUGAUGUGGGAACUCCAUUCUCUGAUUUCAAGGCCUGGGCUCUCAGCUCUCUAACAGAACCCGACAUCGUCCCCACGUUUCCUUUUGCAGGAUGGCUGUGGCAAGGCGCCCUAAUACGGAAAAAAUUGAAGGUUAUUCAUGGCCGCCAGCAUCCAUUUUCACCUCCUUUAAUGGCCGAUGGUGGUGGUCGGCCCGGUAUGCAGCAAUAUCAGGGACUUGGGUCCGUGUCUACGUCCACCAGCGGAGGCGCUCGCGGGGACACAGCACUGCAAGGUUAUUUCGACAUUCCCCCGCGCACCAGCGGCGACGUGCCACGCACGCUGAACCGCUUGGUGACGGAACAAUUACCAGACGUCUCACCAGAUAAUCUCGUUCCAACGUCACUCGUACCGAGCCCAGAUCUGGCAUCCUCGGAGCUUUCAUCUGGGUCUGCCCCCCCAAACUCUGACUCGAGAGCAAUCCCCGCCAGCCCUCGCGUCAAUCUGGACACCGGCUUGUCCACCACCGACGAGAAAGGCUAUUUUGAUUGGACACGAUUGCCAUUGUCACCCUCACUCCCCGUGCACAUACAGUUUGCGAGACGCAUUGACUGGGCUUCCACCAGUCUAGGCCCCAUUGAAGACUGGUCUGUCGAACUUCGGGGGAUGUGUAACUUGAUCAUGGCCAGUCCACAUCCUUCAGCUAUGUACUGGGGACCAGAUCAUGUAGCCAUAUAUAACGAAGCCUAUGUUCUGCUGGCAGGCCAAAAGCAUCCGACCCUGAUGGGCGCACGUUAUAGCGAUGCGUGGUCUGAGAUCUGGGAUGCGUUGAAAGAAGUCUUCGACAAUGCCUUCAAAAACGCUCAAGCGACAAUGAAAGAUGACGACUGCCUGUUCAUCAUGCGCAAUGGCUUCUUGGAAGAGACAUAUUUCUCUUGGUCCAUCAUUCCGCUAAUUGGUGCCGAUGGCGACGUGGUCGGGCUGUACAACCCGGCGUUUGAGAAGACGCGCCGCAAAAUUGCCGAAAGGCGCAUGUUGACACUGCGUGAGAUUGGUGAGCGGACGGCUGCGGCUCGUCAAAUUUCUGAUUUCUGGGGUUUGCUGCUCCAAGGCAUGGAAUACAAUGAAUACGAUGCUCCCAUGGUUUUGGUCUAUUCUCUUAACGAGGACUUGGCGGAAAGCGAUGUUGCUUCCUCGGGCUCCAGCGGUGCGGCCUCCAACAAAGUAUGCUAUCUGGAAGGCAGCUUGGGCAUUCCUACCGGGCACCGGGCAGCGCCUCCUGUUAUCGACAUGAAGACGGGCACUAAGGGUUUCGCCGCUUCGUUCAGACAAGCACUUACAACCGACAGGCCGAUCGUUCUACGGGUCGACGAUGGUAGCCUUGAUCCCGGAAUGCUUGAAAAUAUUGAAUGGAGAGGAUUUGGCGAUCCCUCAAGAAUUGUGGUCAUAUCACCGAUCCAUCCUACCACGGGCGAAUCAACUUUGGGGUUUCUGGUGAUGGCUACAAAUCCAAGACGUCCGUACGAUGAAGAUUACGAUUUGUUUGUUCAGCUUCUAGGCCGCCAGCUUGCCACGUCCAUUGCGUCAGUGGUCUUGUUUGAGGAUGAAAUUAAGAAAGGCGAAAGAGCAGCUCAGCUGGCUGCCCAAGACCGCAUUGAGCUCAGCAACCAACUGUUGGUCAGGACGCAACAAGCAGUCGAGGCCGAAAACAAAUUCACGAGAAUGGCCGAACUUGCCCCAGUCGGGAUCUUCAUUGGCGACCUCGAUGGCAAGAUCAACUUCGUCAACGAUGCAUGGUAUAAUAUCUCUUCGUAUCCUCGAGAUGUGCCGGUCGGUAACGAGUGGAUUAAAUAUGUUCUGGAUGAAGACCAAGCGAAAGUUCGGGAGCUCUGGAACACGAUGCUGGAGAAGAGAUGUGCCAUCUCGCUAGAAUUUCGCUUCAAAGUGCCGUGGGGAGACAAACUGGGAAACAAGGGACAAACGUGGGUUCUCACCAGUGCUUCACCUGAGCGAGAUGACGAUGGGCGAAUCCGGCAAAUUUUUGGAUCCAUGACGGAUAUCAGUGCACAAAAGUUCGCCGAAAGUUUACAAACCCGUAGAAUGGAGGAAGCGGUCGAACUCAAACGAAAGCAAGAGCGCUACAUUGAUACUACCUCUCACGAGAUGCGCAACCCCUUGUCUGCCAUACUCCAAUGUGCCGAUUCUAUUACAGGCUCUCUGAGUGAGAUGCGGGAUGCAAACGGGUUGACACAGCCUCAGCAGGAAAUUCUCGACCUCACCAUUGACUCUGCUCAAACAAUAACAUUGUGUGCUCAACACCAGAAAAGGAUUGUGGAUGACGUCUUGACUCUGUCGAAGUUGGAUUCAGCCAUGAUGGCAGUCACUCCUGUCGAUACACGACCCAUCGCCGUUGUGAAUAAGGUGCUGAAGAUGUUUGACGCUGAAUUGAAGACGGCGGAUAUUCGGUUGGACUUGAUGAUCGACUCGUCUUUCACAGCCCAUCAAAUCGACUGGGUCCGAAUAGAUCCGCAUCGUCUAUCACAAGUGCUGAUCAACUUGAUGACCAAUGCGAUCAAAUUCACGACUACGCAAGAGAAUCGGGUCAUUCGGAUGCACAUUGCCGCUUCAGACGAGAAGCCGUCUCAGGAAGACAAAUGGAGGCUUACGUAUAUUCCUUCUCGAACUCCCAGGGACAAAGAUGUCACUGCCGCCGCCGAGUGGGGGUUGGGUGAGACGGUGUAUCUGCACUUUGCCGUGCAAGAUACCGGACGUGGUCUGGACGAACUUGAGAAAAAGCAACUCUUCCAGCGAUUCUCUCAGGCUAGUCCCCGCACGCAUGUCACCUAUGGUGGCUCCGGUCUUGGUCUCUUCAUUUCCAGAGAAUUGGUCGAACUCCAGGGGGGUGAAAUCGGUGUGGCUUCCGAGAGUGGGAAAGGCAGUAUCUUUGCAUUCUACAUCAAAGCUCGCCGCAGUGAAGGUGAUGUCAGCAAUCUUGAUGACAACCCCAGCUCCUCGGGACCACACAGUAGGAAAGGUUCCAAGACAACGCCGCUGACGGGCUUGACCAUGCAAGUGCUCCAACCACCGUCCGGAGUCUCAUCUACCGCUCCGAAGUCGCCUGCCUCACCGAGAACGAUGUCCACCAGCCUGAGCACACGGACUAACCCUGUCCACGUUCUCAUCGUCGAAGACAAUUUGAUCAACCAAAAGGUACUUGCAGCACAGCUUCGUAAGAUCGGCUGUGUCGUCAACGUGGCAAACCAUGGAGGCGAGGCCAUCGAUCAGAUUUGCAAGUCCAAGUUUCAUCGCGACCAUGCACUAGAUGGGGCGAAGAUCGAUGUGGUACUCAUGGAUCUGGAAAUGCCCAUCAUGGACGGACAGACCUGCGCACGGAAACUCCGAGAGAUGCAAGAUACUCGAGAGUUGGUUGCGCACGUCCCCGUCAUAGCAGUGACGGCGAAUGCGCGAGCCGAACAGAUUGAGAUGACCCUGCAGAGCGGAAUCGACGAUGUCGUGAGCAAGCCAUUUCGGCUGCCGGAGCUGGUGCCCAAGAUAAAGGAUGUUCUCACAAAGUUUAAGCGAGAUGAUGGAAGAGGGCAGGCCGUUUGA